AUGGUGGCGCCGCCCGAAGGAUCGAGGGCGCUGCAGCUGAACCCGAAGGCCAAGCCCACGACGACCAAGAUGAAGCAGGUGAUCGGGCAGGUGCUGGCGGAGAAGCUGGACAACGCCAGCUACCAGUCGGAUCGGGCGGCGGCGCUGACCAAGGAGAUCGCGGACGCCGUCAAGAUGCGGCUGAAAGAGUGCAAUUUCCCUCGCUUCAAGUACGUGGUGCAAGUCGUCAUUGGCGAGCAGCGCGGAGAGGGCGUGAGAAUGGGGUGUCGGUGCUUCUGGGAUGCCGAGACGGACUGCUACGCGUCCGAAACCUUUUCAAACGACAGUUUGUUCUGCGUGACUACAGCUUACAGCGUUUACCUCUACUAG